UCUUUCCUGCAUGUGCUGCUGUGGUGUGUGUGUGGAGGUAAACAAGAGAAGAGCAGUGGAGUAGUGAGUGGUGACAAGUGUGGGAGGGAUGGAAGUGGAGGCUCACCAUGGCUUCCUACCGGCAGCAGGGAGGCAGCACCUUUAUGGCCACCCUCACUAUCAACUUUCAGGAGAUGAUGAGUGGUGGGAGUUCAUCCCUUGCCCCUUCUGCUACAUCGAGGUGGAGGUUCCCUUCCUCUGUGACCAUCUCCAGGAGGAGCAUUGCUUUGACAUGAAAAAUGCCGUUUGUCCAAUCUGCGCAGACAAUCUUGACAAGGACACUGAUGAACAUUUCAGGGUUCAGCACUCACAUCUACUGAAGAGGAGGAAGUCUUCUUGCAAGCCAAGUUCAGCAGCAGCAGCUGACAAGGGAUCAUAUGAAGAGGACUCCUACUUCGAAGCACCCUCCUCACACUGCAUCGGCAGGCCGGUUCCUGAUUCUUCUCCUGAUCCUCUGCUCUCCCAGUUCAUCUGCUGUAGCAUUGCUCCUCCGAUCGAUUCGCUGCGGCGAAGUGAAGCUGAGGUGGAGGGCCAUUGCUCAUCUUAUUCAGAUGAUCAAAGGAAAGAGCAGGGGGCGAUGGAUGAUGCAUCAAAGCAGGAGCUUGAGGAGAGGUUGCAGAGAAUCGAGUUCGUGAAGCAGAUGCUGAUGACAACAAUUGCUUUGUAGACUGUUCCUCUAGGGCUCCUUUCGGCAGUCGACUAGGCUUUUCAGGAUUUUGGAGAAGUGCAGAAUGAUGUGCCAUUUAUGCUGCCUUGACCUCUUCUGGCACAAGUAUACCUACAAUGUUUGGAUAUCUAUAUAAUGAACCUUGAUCCUUUCAGCUUAACC